CGCUGCCGGCGCCGGCACCGCCGCCCAGCGAUCUGGCCGUGGCGGCUCAGAGCGCGGCUGCGGCGGGCGCGGGCGGCGGCGGAACCCUCCCGUCCGUCUGUCCUGGGAGCUUCGCCUGCGCACCGACCCGCGGGGGGACAGCAAGCUUUCCGGCCCGCAGCGGGGGCGGGGACGCCAGGCCAGCGGCCCCUCCGACCCCCAAGAUGAGGAAGCUGAGGCUCAGGGAACACUAAUACAACCACCUACACAGAACUAGGUAAUCGCGGUGCGCUAGCCAGGUGGUCGACCCCAGGCCCAUGCCGUGAGACCGGGAGGCGCCGUCAGCAUGCCGUGGGACGCGCGGCGGCCCGGGGGCGGCGCGGACGGCGGGCCCGAGGGCACGGGCGCGGCGCGCUCGCGGGCGCAGAAACAGUGCCGCAAGUCGUCGUUCGCAUUCUACCAGGCCGUGCGCGACCUGCUGCCCGUGUGGCUGCUGGAGGACAUGCGCGCCAGCGAGGCCUUCCACUGGGACGAGCGCGGACGCGCCGCCGCCUACUCACCGUCAGAGGCGCUGCUCUACGCACUCGUGCACGACCACCAGGCGUACGCACACUACCUGCUGGCCACGUUCCCGCGGCGCGCGCUCGCGCCGCCCAGCUCCGGCUUCCGCUGCUGCGCGGCGCCUGGGCCGCACGUGGCGCUGGCCGUGCGCUACAACCGCGUGGGCAUCCUGCGCCGCAUCCUGCGCACCGUGCGCGACUUCCCGGCCGAGGAGCGUGCGCGCCUGCUCGACCGGCGAGGCUGUAGCCGCGUGGAGGGCGGUGGCACGUCGCUGCACGUGGCCUGCGAGCUGGCGCGCCCCGAGUGCCUCUUCCUGCUGCUCGGCCACGGCGCCUCGCCCAGCCUGCGCGACGGCGGCGGCCUCACGCCGCUCGAGCUGCUGUUGCGUCAGCUGGGCCGUGAUGCCGGGGCCGCCCCCGCCGUCGCCGUCGGGGCGCCUGCGCCUGGGGAGCCGCGUCAGCGCCGCCUGCUGCUGCUCGACUUACUGGCGCUGUACACGCCCGCGGACGCCGCCGGCCCGGCCCGCCGCGAGCUGCUGGGCGACCGGCCGCGCUGGCAGCGGCUGCUGGGCGAGGACAAGUUCCAGUGGCUGGCGGGCCUGGCGCCACCCUCGCUCUUCGCGCGCGCCAUGCAGGUGCUGGUCACCGCCAUCUCGCCCGGCCGCUUCCCCGAGGCCCUGGACGAGCUGCCGCUGCCGCCCUUCCUGCAGCCGCUGGACCUCACGGGCAAGGGCUAGACCGCGGGGGCACCCCGGGUGCUGGAUUUUUGGAGAAUACUAUUUUUCAGAGCGUUGUACCUGGCACUUUACAUACAUUGUUCUCUGGACAGCA